AUGUAUAAGAAAAUGGUUGAAGCAGAACAUUCCCUUGUAAAAGUCUACGCAAAUCCAGAAGUGAAAGCUGAAACAGCAAAAUACGAACAUGCCUUCAUUAAAUAUCUCAGUGAAUUAAGAAACCAGAAGAAUGAACGAAACUUCAACCAAACAAAAUAUUGUUCUCAAACUGUUUUAAUAAAAAUUCUGUCAACUUUUUCAUUAACUGAAAAACCGAAAAACAGUAUCAAUGUUCAUUUUAUUCCAGUGUCUUUUCGCUAA